GGCUGAUAUGACCCAGGCUAUAGGACCCAGGAGACACCUGCACAUUGGACAUACACCAGGCAGAAAGAGGGAACUAGAUGAGGACCUGAGGAGAGUUAUAAAGAAUCACAAAGCCAGUCUGAAGAAGAGGUUUGAGAACAUCUCUGAAGGCAUCAUCAAACCUGGAGCUGAGAUACUCCUCAAUAAGAUCUACACAGAGCUCUACAUCACAGGAGGAGAGAGUGAAGGGGUGAAUAAGGAACAUGAGGUUUGGCAGGUAGAGUCAGCGUCCAGAUCUCAAUCCACAGAGGACAUACCAAUCAACUGCAACGACAUCUUCAAGCCCUUACUUGGACAGGAGAAGCACAUCAGAACUGUGAUGACCAAAGGUGUUGCUGGUAUUGGAAAAACUGUCUCAGUGCAAAAGUUCAUUCUUGAUUGGACAGAUGGGGAAGCCAAUCAGGAUGUAGAUUUUAUGUUUCCUCUUUCUUUCCGUGAGCUUAAUUUAGUCAGGGGUAAUCAGUAUAGUCUUCACAGCCUCCUGCUUGCCUUCCACCCUGAGCUGAAGAAGCUGAAUAAUGCUGAAGGAUACAAAGACUGUCAGGUUGUGUUCAUCUUUGAUGGUUUGGAUGAGAGUCGGUUGACUCUGGACCUGGAGCAGAUCAGUGAGUUGUCUGAUGUGAAAGAGACAUCAUCAGUGAAUGUUCUGAUGACGAGCCUGAUUCAGGGAACUCUGCUUCCCUCUGCACUCAUCUGGAUAACCUCAAGACCAGCUGCAGCCAGUCAGAUUACUGAUCAGUUCAUCGACCAGGUAACAGAAGUACGAGGAUUCAAUGAUCCACAGAAGGAAGCAUACUUCAGGAAGAGAAUCAGAGAUGAGAGUCAGGCCAACAGAAUCAUCUCACACAUUCAGACAUCCAGGAGUCUCCACAUUAUGUGCCACAUUCCAGUAUUUUGUUGGAUUGCAGCUACUGUACUUCAGCAGAUGCUGGAAAUGAAAAACAUCAAAGACAUUCCCAAAACGCUGACUGAGAUGUUCAUACACUUCUUGCUCAUCCAAACCACAAGAAAGGAUCAGAAGUAUCAGAGUGUAUCAGAAACAGAUGCAAAGAAACUUCUGGAAUCUCAGAGGAUCAUUUUACUGAAGCUGGCAGAACUGGCUUUCAAGAAUCUAGAGAAUGGCAACCUCAUGUUUUAUGAGGAAGACCUGAGAGAGUGUGGUAUUGAUGUCAGUGAAGCUUCAGUGUACUCUGGCAUGUGCACUGAGAUCUUCAAGACAGAAAAUGUGGAAUCUCAAAACAAGAAGGUCUACUGCUUUGUGCAUCUGAGUGUCCAGGAGUUUCUGGCAGCUGUGUUUGUGUUUCACUCGUAUUUGGCUAAGAACUUCGAGGCAUUGACAUGCUUCCUCGGUGAAAAGGAAAGAGAUGAACUCAAUCCAUCAUUUUUAUCUUCUCUUCAAUCAGCACUAGGAAUAAAAGACAAUUUACAUGUUUUACUGAAGAGUGCAGUUGAUAAGGCUUUGGAGAGCCAGAACGGACACCUGGAUCUCUUCCUUCGCUUCCUUAUGGGCAUUUCUGUGGAGAGAAAUCACACACUUCUGCAAGGUCUACUGAGCAACAUACACAACAGUUCUUAUAGUAUCAAGGAAACAUGUCAGUACAUGAAGAAGCUCAACAGAGAAGGUCUCUCUCCUGAACGAUGCAUCAAUCUUUUCCACUGCUUAUUUGAAAUGAAUGAUGAUUCCAUGCACAAAGAAAUUCAGACAUACUUGUCAUCACCAAAGAACAUCAAGCAGAAGUUAUCUCCUGCCCACUGUUCAGCACUGGCCCACAUGCUUCUGAUGUCUGAGGAUAUGCUGGAGGAGAUUGAGCUGAAGAAAUACAACACAUCAGAUGAGGGACGCAGGAGACUGAUCCCAGCUGUGAGGUGCUGCAGAAAGGCACGUACAUGUGAACUAGUCUUGUAUCAGGUGUAUCAGAGUCCCCACUGCAAACUGCAGACCUUAAGGCUCUCUGAUUGUCUCAUCACAGAGAAGGGUUGUGGUUUUCUGGCUUCAGCUCUGACUUCAAACCCCUCCCAUCUAAAAGAGCUGGAUCUGAGCUACAAUCAUCAUGGAGAAUCAGGACUGAAGCUGUUAUCUUCUAGACUGGAGGAUCCUGCCUGUAAACUGGAGAUACUUAAAACUGACCCUGCUUUCGACCAUGCUUUAGACAGAGCACGGCCACGUUUGCUGAAAUUUUCCUGUGAGUUCACACUGGACCCAAACACGGCACACAGACGUCUCCUUCUGUCUGAGGGGAACAGGAAGGUGACGCGGGUGAGAGAGAAGCAGCCGUAUCCUGACCACCCAGACAGAUUUACUGACUAUGGCCAGGUGCUGAGCAGAGAGCCUCUGACUGGACGCUGCUACUGGGAGUGGGAGUGGAGUGGGAGAAAUGUUGAAGUGGGAGUGGCCUAUAAAAGCAUCAGCAGGAGUGUUAGUAUCAGAUACUCUCCCAAGGCCUGGAGUCUGGACUGUACCAGUGACACAUACAGAGCCUGGCACAAUGGAAAUUCUACUGCCCUACCCGUCCCCCCCGCAGGCUCCAGGAGAGUAGGAGUGUAUGUGGACCGUGAGGUCGGCACUCUGUCCUUCUACAGGGUCUCCUCUGAUACUCUCACACACCUGCACACCUUCACCACCACAUUCACUAGUGAGCCCCUACAUGCAGCGAUUUAUAUCACUAACUCCACACUCAUUGAGCUCCUCUACUGUGUGCUGGUGUGA